AUGGUUUAUGGCACAGUACCAUUCACUCCUUAUCCACACCUUCCAUGCCCUUCAGGCACCACAAAUGCAACUCCAACUUUUGGUUAUUCACCUAUACAUCCAAUGGCACCAAUGGGAAUGUUUCCAAAUAAUUAUCCAAGCGGCAUAAUUCCAAGGAAGAACCGAAGAGAAAGGACUACAUUUAAUAGGCAUCAGUUAGAAAUCUUAGAAAAUCUAUUUGCUACCACACAUUAUCCAGAUGUGUUUACUCGAGAGAAAAUUGCUGAGCAAAUACAAUUACAAGAAAGUAGAAUUCAGGUAUGGUUUAAAAAUCGCCGCGCAAAACAGCGACAACAAGAAAGGCAAAGGCCAAGGGGGUCACAUACAAUUUCUACAAAUAGUUCAACUUCAUGCGGUACUGCAAAUAGCAAUGGUAGUCACACAAGUGCUAUUGAUAACUUGACAAAAGAAAUUUCAGGUGGAUCAAAAGAUUCUACACUUUCUCCUAAACCUACCGGGCAAUUUGCUAGUGAACCAGAAUCCAGUCAGAAAAAUUCGAGAAACUUAUCGUGCAAUUCGGAGCAUUCAAAUAAGACAGCGAAAUUAGAAAGUAAGGAGCGAAAUCCAACAUUAUCAACUAAUCGGCCAUUAUCGACCAGUUCAGAAUUACUUGACAGCUUGUGGCAAAAUUCUGCUGAAAAUGCGGCAACUUUUAAAGGUCAGUCAACACCAAUCACUACAGUGACUUCUUCGUCGCAACUACCAACAUCAAGUACAUCUUUAACAUUGCAUCAGAUGCAAAUUCCACCACCUUACCCUCACCCGCAAGAUUUAAAUCCUUACUUCUACAGUAGCCAUCAAUAUUAUCAGCAAAUGUUGGAUAGCAGUGCUGCAGUUGCUUAUAACAACACUUAUAAUUAUCAGGCUGCAGCAGCAGCUUCUGCUUACAGUCAAAAUCAUCCAGUAACCGCUUAUUCUGCACAUCAGUACUUCUUUGGCUCAAGGUAA